AUGUGUUUAUUAAAGAAUUUAGGCAAUAUUUAUACUUUGAAUGCUCCUUUAAGUGAUCAAAUUGUUCUUUUUCUUUCAAGACCUUCACCUUUAUUUACAGCGAUAGUUAAUAGUGCUGGACAUUUUAUUGGAAGACAAAGAAGCAGGGAAUUGGCUACAUCACAUUUAGCUGAAGCUCUUAUUGUCAUUUAUAAUGUUGUAAAGAAAAUGCUCCAACGUUUAUGUAAUAACCAACAACAGGAAGAUUAUUCAAAUACAGAUUAUCAUAAAGAAUUUUUAAUUCGAUCACUGAUGGGUAUUUUACUUUUAAGUGAUCAUAUAGACAGAAAUUUUGGAGGAAUAUUUAUUCCAUCACGUUCUCCCUUUGAUAUUGCGGACUUUAUUGAUAUUGUUAAAUUAAGAACAAGUUCAGUUGAGGUAAGGAAUUUAUUUAUGAAUUUAAAUAUUUAUGGGAUUAUGAAGAUCAACAUGUAGAAAGUAGGGUUGUUUCCAGACGGGGGGCCACGGGGAAAUUUUCGGAAGCAGCACCACGGGGGUGGGGUCUGAGACGGGGUACAAAAAAGUACAACCGUAGUAAAAGGUACAACUGGAAUGAGCUAAUUUAAAUUUUAAUAUAUGUAUUCUACUCCAGUUAUCUGAAAAAAUGGUAACCGAGAGUGAGACAAAAGUCGGAACUCGUUAAUCCGAACAUCUCUACAAAGGACCUUAGUUCCAUUAGCCUGCCUGUAAUAUAUUAAUGAGUGAAAAAAAUAAAGUUUACUUGAAUAGUAAUUUAUUAAAUUGAAUUUAGGCGAAAAAAACUUUGGCAACUCUC